GGGUAUACAGCGCCUGUUCUUCGUGGUACUGAAAAGUGCUCCCGGACCGAACACUAGACCCUUCGGUGUCCCCGCCCCCAGCUGACCUCAUUCGCAUGAUUGCCGCCCAUGUUAGGGCACUGCUCGGGGUUUGUGGGCGCGAAUCGAUGUCGGACCCUGUACGUUGAUGGAGCUUUGCCCGCCGUGCGCAGCAGGCUGUGAAGGUUUCAAGAGAGGGAGAGUCUGUUGUUUCAGCGUCGCUCCCACAAGAUGAUCACAUGGGAUGGACGAUCAGCGGCAUCCGCGUUUUCGGUCCCAUUCGGUUGACGUAAACAAAGAGCGGACGACUUUAUGCCCUGUCAGUGAUGGAGGCAGUGAAAGACCUGGAAGCAAAAGCUCCGCUGAUCCCCUUUCAGGCACAGAGUUGCGGCGCUUUGCGUGUUUCCGCAAGGCCAUUCCGAACAUAAAACCCUUCGGGGCUCGCGUGGUGAUUACCCCCCUUGUUCAUCGCUUCUUUCAUCCCGCCCACUUCUUCGAUGCCAUGCCGUCCGAUUCUCCGACCCUCCAAGAUGUAGAGGCUGAACUAUGGCAGUUCCAAUUAGGAGGCUACAUCGGUUCUGCAAUGACCGCCUUGGUGUUGUAUGACUAUUGUAUGUUCUCCGUUGUCGGCUUCGUCCAGAGAUACGUCCUGACCAUCAAUAGUACUGAAGCUAGAUCGCGAGGUGACAGCCAUAUGGCAAAACGGAUCGACGAAGCUCACGUUCAAAUUCCUUUACGCGAUGGUACGCUACCCUCCAUUGAUUCCCAUGGUCGCAACGGGAUAGCCUCAACUCACCCCACGCCCUACCACGUGCUGCGCCAUUCUGUUGUGAAGCUUAGAUACGGUGGACUAGUGUUCGCAUUACUGCCUAGAUUCAUGACUACACGAGGGAUGGCAUCAUACACAUCGUACGUACUUAUAUCUAUUGGCGGUGCACUGGCACAGGAGAAGUCUAACGCCCAUGCGUAUGCGCUGGAACCAGAUGCUAUUUUAGCAUCGUGGUAUGCAAUAUUUCUCUCGACACGAUCCUUAUGAUACUCUUGGAUGCAAUGAUGACAACGCGAGUCUACGCAAUGCACGCCAAAGCCCGAUCGCGAGGCCUUCUUAUCUUCCUGGUAGCCGGAUUCACAACGGCCCACGGCAUUUGCCUCGGGACGGCGUUGGCAUCGGCGCUUCCUUUGGAGGUGCACGUUACACGCACCCUGAGCGGCGAACCAAAUUGUACAUACUCAGGCCAUGGUCCGCCGUGGCUCAUCCCCGCUGGCGACUGGUCAGUGUGCGGAUUCGAGUUCGUUCUGUUCAUUAUGGCGACCAAGUGUCACUUUCGGCACUUCACGAAGAACACGAUAUUUGACUUCCGCAGUCUGUCGCGACUUGUGGCGCGGGAUAACCUGCUAUACUUCCUCGUCGCCUUUUGUUCGGCAUUUCUGUUGGCAAUCCAGUAUCCCCUGACAACCCAAGACCCAUCUGCCUCGGUCGUUGCCCUCAAAGACCUCGGCGAAGUAGGCAACGCGCUAGGCUACGUCCGCGCAUGCAUGCUCGGGCCGUGGAUGAUGCUCGCCAUCCAGGAGCGGAACCGCGUUCAGGUCUACGGGGCGACAGUGGACCCGCCCUGGGCCGGCGGAGAGGCCUCAGAGGAGUUGACCGUGAUGCGCUAUGCGGUGCCUGCGAGGGUCACGUCCAAGUCGAGCGAGUCGGAUGUGUGUUCGGAAGAUGGGUUGAUGUAUGAUGUGGAUGAUGUUAUUGACAUACGUUGACUGGGAGGGCAAUUCUUCGCCCAAUUUUUGCGACCUACGCCAAUGCGCUACGCUACGUAUUAGUUAUGAGAUGUCCGAAAACCCCGGACCGGAUGUUCGGACCUGAUUCGGACCGCGCGACUUCGACGCGGCUCGCGUGGUCAACGUCUGACACAGCGAGCAACGACCUACAAGGCAGCACAACGCGAGCACGAAGGGAACACACAUUCUAUUCACGCCUGCAGCACUGAAACAUCCCUUCCUACAAGCCCGCUGCCCCAUGCAAGAAAUACCCUCCAUAGAUGCCCUACGUGUCCUUCCGACUCCAGUCGCACAUGCGCUCGCGCUCGCCUUUGCAUCCGCCUACGUUGGGGCUAUCUACUUGGAUCCCUCGGCGCGUAUAAGGCUACGUCCUCCGGGAUCAGAUGGGCGCAGCUACGGAGAGCAAAGGACACGGGACGACCCGGCUGUGAUACGUGCGCGUCUGCGAGCUGUGAGCAUCGCGUCGCUUGUAUGCUGCGCUGGUGUUGGAGGGGCUGUAUGGAACUUAGGUGAUCAGACACCACUUGAGGCGCUCCGCGCGACCUACUCCCUCUUAGGGUUCCCUACUCUCCCUUUAUCGCACUCUCUCUUCUCAAAGGAUGGCAUCUUCUUGUUGCUGAGGACGAUCCGACCCCACCUCCUUGCACCCCUAUGGUUCCUCGGGCCGCUAUAUGCAAACUGGAAACAAGGGAAUAUGCUUACGCCGUACUCUCUGGCUGCGCUCGUGAGCGAUAUCAAAGGAUUGCGGAAUUAUGUCGUCGCUCCGUUGACAGAAGAGAUUGUCUUCCGUUCCUGCAUCUUGGGCGUAUACCGUCUAGCGCGUGCCCGCUUUGCCUGGAUGGUCGGCGUCGGCCCCAUCUUCUUUGGCGUUGCCCACCUUCACCACGCAUAUGAGCUCUACGUUCAAGGCGGACGUACGCGAACUGCUCUCCGCCGCGCGAUCUUCAUCUCGCUCUUUCAGCUCGCAUACACGUCACUGUUUGGCACAUUUACGGGUGCCCUUCUUCUCCGUACGCACUCAUUAUCUCCUGCGUUCACCGCUCAUGCGUUUUGUAACGUCAUGGGCGUGCCGAGUAUUGGUGACGAUAUGAAGAGCGGUUUUGAUGUCGCCCUUGCGUAUAUAGUGGGCAUUGCUGGAUUUAUCAGGGACUUUGGACCUUGGACGGCACCCGCAUGAUCUCGGCUCAGCAAGCCAAGAAAUACCCCCAUACACUGUUGUCAAGUUUGUCCUUUCCUCGGUGAUAAUUAACGAUAGACGACGGAUUUCAUUAAACCUUGAGAAUGGAACACCCC